AUGGUCCUCAAGCUCCACGGCCUCGCUAUGUCGACCUGCACCAAGCGUGUGCAGGUGGUCCUCAACGAGAAGGGCGUCGACCACGAGUUCGUCCCCAUCGACUUCGCCAAGGGCGAGCACAAGUCCGAGGCCUACCUCGCCAACCUCCAACCCUUCGGCAAGGUUCCCGCGCUGGAGGACACCGAGACCGGCGUGAAGAUCUUCGAAAGCAGAGCCAUCGGCCAAUACAUCGCCUCCAAGUACCGCGGCCAGGGCAACGAAGUCUCCCCGCCUGAGUCGGACCUGAAGGUUUUCGCUCUGUACCAGCAGGUACGCUCCUCGCCCUUAACCUUUUCCCCGCCAACACAAUCUCAGCCGUAUUCUAACCCACACAUUCACUCACAGGCUCUCUCCGUCGAACAAUCCUACUUCGACCCCGCCGUGUCCGGCAUCGCCUUCGAGAAGGUCUUCAAGUCGUUCAAGGGUCUGGGCCAGGCGGACGAGGGCCGCGUGCAGGCGCUGGUCGCCCAGCUGGACGCCGCCCUGCAGGGCUACGAGCGCAUCCUCUCCAAGCAGAAGUACCUGGCCGGCGACAGCGUCACCCUGGCGGAUCUGUACCACCUCCCGUACGGGGCCUUCGUCGAGCCGUUCGGCUUCGCCGAGCUCCUGCCCAAGUACCCCCACACCCAGAAGUGGUGGGAGGAGCUGAAGGCCCGCGAGAGCUGGAAGAAGAUCGCCGAUGCCAAAUAA